CUACGUUAGUGGUUUUGUCCAGAAAAUGCCAGAGUGCCCCAAUACUGCCUGUCUUUUACCUGAGUUUUUUGCAAAUUUGAGUAAGAAAAUCAUUCUGAAAAAGAACUCCGCAAGGAAUGGAAAAAGAUACCUGACGUGAAUACGUAGUUAAAAUGCUAAUUGACCUGUUGAUGGGGGAAAGAGGAUUGCUGUUUGAAAUAAUAAAUGAGUGGUGCAAAAGCUGAAAAGAGCUCUCUGCAGUGACAGGCUGAAUGGGAGCGGAUUGCAUUUAAGCUUGUUUUCUGUCACUCUCCCUCACUUGGGUACUAAUGAAGUAUCAGACUUACGAGAACUGCCACUUCCCACCCUUCUUUAUCUGUGGCGUCUUGUUCUCCUGCCUGUUACUUAACACAAAGCUUUCCUCAGAAAGACGAACAUGGGUAUGAGCGGGACCGUCUGACCGAGAUGCUUUGCAGGCUGGAAAAUAGUCCCGAGGAGCCCAAGCCCCACAAAACGGGCCAGCCCUUUGGCCCCAGCUCUCCCAGUGCUUUAUGUGUACAAAGUUCCUUUGUACCGGGGAUUGGUGGCAGAAAACACCCAUUCCAGAGGCUGGUGGAAAGCUGUGAAAUGCCAGAGGUUAAAGCCAGAAACUUUUAUUAAAGUAGUGAUGCUAGGUAAGGAGAUCAGUUUAAACUUUAUUUCUGUCCUAACAAAAUCCAUACUGCAAAGCUACGCUAGGAAAAGGUGGGUUUGCUAAUUUGGCUUCUUUUUUUCCCUUCCCCCGAGAACUGCUAGCGCUGGCACUGGUUACAUGCCUAACUCAGGCAAGGCCUGCAGUGGUGAUGGGCUUUUGCAAUCUGACUUGAGCAGGCAGCUGGGAAGAUGGCCAGGUUAGUGGUGUCUUAUAAAAAUACACGUAAAUGACAGCUCUCACCAUCUAACAAGGAAAGGGGAUGGUGAUUAAAACUGCUGAGAAUAGAAAGAAGCUUGGGCUGGUUUCUGUUCUCAGGCGGUUCAGCUCAGGGGAUGAAGGAAGGAGAAAGAAGCCAGCCCGGCGGGGAUGAAAGUUGGCCAUGCCCAGAUACUGCUACUUCAGUAGUUUUCCAGGACUCUGUAAAGCUCAGCCCAGUGGUUUUGCUCUGUCUGUGAUGGUGGAACUGGUUUUUUUUGGUUGGGGUUUUUUUUUUUGUUUUGUUUAAUGGUUGGUGGGGGUUUUUUUGUGGUUUUGAUUUAGAAAAAAACAAACUUAUAAACAAAGACAGUGCGAUGAGGCAGAAAUCUCUACCUGGGCACACCCUCUCAUUGGGGAGGGUAAAUAAACGGCUUUUCUGUGUGUAUUUUCAGCUCUGGUUCCUCACAUCCAAACCCCACCCAUUGCACCCAUCACCCCCCAAAGCAUCAGCAGGUCUCCUGGCACACGUAUAAAAGCAGGACAGGUCAGGACACCCCUCACAUAGUGUGCUAUACAUUGCCAGGUGCUUAAUUUUAUUGAAGCAGAGGAGUGUUAACAGGUGUCAGAAGCCACGAUGUCAGCCAAAAACUUCCAGGGGCUGAAGGAACAGGCUGAAGGUGCAGCGAAGGAUGCUGCAAACGCGUUGGGACAGGCUACCCAGGACACAGUCAACCAGAUUACAGAUGCAAGCCAGAAAGCUAUCGACAAGGCUUCCAAGAUGGCACAAGACGGGGUAGAAAAAGCAACCGGCCAAGCCGCAGAAGCAAUGUCUGGCCUUGGGAAAAAGUGUGGAUUUAAGAAAUGAUGCUAAUUUAAGCAAACAGUAUUAUGUAUAAAAAUCUCUCUUUGGUCUGCAAUUCUCUACUCCUUUGUGUAGAAAAAUGAAAGCUGUUUGAUAUCUGGGUAAUUUCUCUCUCUUCAAAUACAAGUUUUUAAGGCAGAGGGCCCCCCUCAUCCUUUAUGUGGGAAAAAUACGUCUGUUAGCACAUCUGCUCACAACCUUCAACGUGGUUCACAAGGCUUCAGCAGUGCUGUUGCCCUGCGCUUAAAACAGUGCAAUUAGAGCCACGUUUGCUGCGUGUAUUUAUGAAAGCAAUGAAAUUGUUCAUACUCCAGGACACCAGAAUAGUCAUAUGAUGAAACCGAGUUUCCUUCCAGUAAUCAAAAGUUAAGCUGGGGCUAUAUUUCUUGUCAGUUGUCCAUUUUUCCCCAUCUGCUGUAUUUUCGGGUAAAGAUAAAUAAAAGGUAUCGUAAGAUUUCCACCACCCAAAAAUACUUCGCCUUGUUACGUACUCUUUUUUAUUUUAUGGGGACUUGCGGUGAAGGGUUGCUCAAUGUCUUGCAAAUCUCUUUUGCUCUUUGAUUCAAAGCCCGGUGAGGUCAGUGACCAUCCCGUAAGGGAGGCGAGUACUGAAUCGGUUUGCAGUUUGGCAGCCGGCUCUGGAAACGACUGGUCCCGCACUGCAGAGGAGCCCUGAGAUCUCUGCAACUGGAUGCAGGUUCUGCCGUCCGCCUCCUCGUUCCUUUCUCUUACGUGUCUAUCGUCCAUCUAAAUUUCGUGUUACCGUCAUCCACGACACAUCUUCUGUUAAGUCUGCUGGGGACAAAAACCAGGCACUUGCUUUACGCCAGCGCACACGGGCAGCACUGCAGCUCGGCGCAGCUGGUGGCACCGCCGCGAGACAGGGCACCACAUGUGCUGGGCGCAGCUGGCAGUGGGCACUGCGCCGCGGCCGCCGGCUCACCGAGGCAGCGGGAGAGAGGCCAGCGGGCAGCCUGGCCUACCUGGUGGAAAUAUUUGUUUUAGCUUGCUGCUUGCUGGGCGAUCAGAGGCCGCUGCAGCCAGACAGGGUGCCCGCUUGGUGCUGCCGCCGGCAGCAGAAGGUGCUGAUACCCACUUACAGUAAGUGCUCUUACCUUGCCCUCUGCAUGUUUCUCAUCGCUAGGCGAUAUUGCCUUUCUUUUCAGUUUUGUUUUGGGUUGGUUGUAUUUUUUUUCUCUUGGUUUGAAGCCUUACCGGCCUGGUUAAAAAUCUAAUCUGGGCCUUACAAAAGAAAACCAAAGCAUAACUGAAAGCAUCUGGCUGUAAUGAAAUAGGGCAAUCCAUGCCGGUGUGAGAAACCGGUGCCUCCACUGCUGCCCAAGAGCUGUGGCUGACCGUGGUUUUUGGAAGCUGCUCUUGGCAAAUGCAGCCCUAGGGGAGACUGACAUGCGGCUGAACCCGAGGAGCACCCUGCCUGCAUCUGCACCAGGACACUGCGGACGGACGGGAAAGCCUUUAGAGGGCCCUGUAAGUAAUAGACCAUCUGUGAGUAAACAUAGUCCAGGGCUUUGCACGGAGCGUCCCUAUGCAAUGUCCACUGUCAUUUAAAGCUUUAAAAGACUAAAUAUUUGCCCAAGUACAAGCUUACAGAAAAGCAUUAGACUAUUGCACUCUCAGUUACUGGGCAACCCUCAAUAGUACUUAAUUAUUUAGUACUUUCCAUGGUUACCUCCCUGACGGUGAAAUCUUCGGAGAGUGAGUCUUUAGGCUCGGUGUUUCAUAGCUAGUGCUGCGUUUGUGGGUGCUGGUGGCCCAUACACUGCUCUCCACCACAAUGUUUUUAUUCAUCCAAACCACUCGUUAUUUCAUCCUACACCGAAUAAAUUGAACAGUUGUGGGGUUUUUUCCCCAGUGAAACCUGUUGCCCCCUUACGUGACUGGUGCUGUUCCUGCUGCUUUGUGCACGGGGACGCAGCCCUGACUCCUGCUGCGCAGUUUUUGUUUCCUUAUUGCAAUCACAAGCCAGGGCUUCAGUGUAACUGCUCCAGUUAUCGCUGCCCGCUGCUCUGGCCCAGCGAGGGCUGCAGCACUGGUGGGGUAGGGGCUGGGCUGCCUGGCGGCAGGGAC